CAAUCACAGAGCGGCAUCAGGCUGAAAACUAUUCAACAUGGAGACAACAGUCGAAAAGCUCGAAGCGAUGUUCCUGAAGUCAGAGGCAGACCUGGAUUACAUUGAGAAGUGGCUGAAGUUGGACUUCAUGAACACUGCAGAGAAUGGAUGUCCAGUUGAGGAAAACCCGGUGGUGAUGCUGGAGAACUUGAAGGUUAUCAAGGCCAAGCACUCUGCGCUGUGCGCUCAGGUCAAGGACAUUGCUGCUGCACAGAAAGAAUCCAUGGACUCAAUCAGAAACAACCUCAACAGUGCCAUGGAGCUGAUCCAACACUUCCAACAGACUACUGAUGUGAAGGUUGAGGCACUGACCGUGUCAGAGACUAAUUCAGCAGCACUACUGGGUUCAGCUGUCUGUCACAACACAUCAGAGGAGUCCUCCGGUGUAGCAGCUUCUCGUAAACAGCAGUCACACAGCUGUGAUUAUGAGGAGCUGAGUGUAUCCAUGUUGGACACGGUUCCGCCCAGCAUACGCUCCAAUAUUGAGCUGACUGACCUCAAUGCAUUCUACAAACAGCUUCAGGAGCAUCUUAACAGAAGCAACAGUGGGUCGCUCAGUUUGCAUGAGAUGAAGCAGUUGAAAAUGAAGCCAAGUGAUGCCAAGCUGAAGAUCCUGCAACACCUCUCUUUAGUCGAGCUGGACAGGAAAGGCCUCCUUCGACUGGUUAUGUGAGGAAGAGCAACAGCUGUAAACUGCUUACAGAAUGGGUGCUUUUCUGUGGCUAUCUGAUUUGGCUGCUUCUAGAUCUCUUGAAGAAGCCUUGAGGGCACGGACAGAUCAGAUGCAUCCAGACCACCAGAUGUUUCUAAACACAUCAGUCAGCAACUGAUGUAAAUGGGACCACUAUUUCUAUCCUCUUCCAGGUCAUAGUUCUGUUUUAACUUUGUCUUCUUUGCUUCCUGCCUGUGUUUCCAAAGCUCUCCUCAUUAUUGAUCGCCUUCCACUGCAGCUACACUGUGAAAAGUGUGGCUUUAUGGCCUGUCGAAACUGCAUGUCAGAUGGCCAAAUGGCUUAAAAAAAGCCCCACCAUCUGUCGGGUAGUAGAUAACUGUAUUGCACAUUGUCUGUAACUUCAAAGUAUUAAACCAUUUCUUAUUGCA